AGCUUGCAGUUGGGUCCUGUUCUAGGCCGUGCUAAUCAGCUCUCACCUUAAGCAUCAGCUAAAACCUCUAGCUCGAUGCGGACGCUCUAUAUAAACCCUCCCUCUCUGCUCCCAUCCAUCCCAUUCCCAUCCCUUGCUACCUGCAUCCAUCGACCUUAGCGAGCUCACAGUUCAAUCAGGUCCGGUUCGGCUUCAGGCCGGGCUCGUCACCGAGGAGAUGGCGCUCUCUCGCCGCAUGGCCGCGCCGGUCCUCGUCUUCCUGCUCCUCCUCGUCGCCACAGCAGAGAUGGGGCCGGCGACGGUGGCGGAGGCGAGGCACUGCCUGUCGCAGAGCCACCACUUCAAGGGCCUGUGCGUGAGCAGCAGCAACUGCGCCAACGUCUGCCGGACCGAGAACUUCCCCGGCGGCGAGUGCAAGACGGAGGGCGCCACCCGCAAGUGCUUCUGCAAGAGGAUCUGCUAGCCGCCGGCGCCGCCCGGCACGCAAUGCGAGCCGAGCACUGGUCUUGGUUCUGUUCGUCGGUUCUUCGUCAUGCACGCUGCGCCGUGAUGCUGCAGCGGGCUGUGUUCCUCUCGUCUCUUGUUCUCUUUACCUGGAAUAAAUUAAACUCGGUGCUGGACUGCUGGUGUCUGGUGAUGCCUGUGCGUGUGGAACAUCUCACUGUUGUUCUGCACCCGUAUGCACUCCAUUAUUAGUGUAGUUGGCAAGAUGAUGUAAGGUCCUCCUUUCAACAUUGAUGUAAUAAUGUGAUGCAGUUUCGUGCUAGUUCAGCUUAAUUAAGUGCGAGGUUUUCUUUAA